GCAAAGCGCACCCACCUUGUCCACCACCACCACCACCAGCAGCAGCAGCGGCGGCGGCAGCGGCUGCACAGUGCGCAAGCAAGCGAGAGCACAGGCGUGGGGCGCACCGGGGGAUCGGGCACGACGGACCCGGCAAGCACCGCGGAGCGACAGCGGAAUUUGGAGGCAGGACCUUUUCGUUAAAGCCCAGCAGGAUCUUGCUCUCUUUUCUUUCUUUCUUCUUCUUUUUUUUUUAUACCCAAGACGUGCAAAGAAAACUCCUUCGCGGCCAAAAUUUGGGAGUAUCAUAACCAGCGGUGGGGAGGGAGAGAGAUGCAGUUCCAGCCCGACUCCUCGGUGCGCCGCGCAGUCCGCCUCCGACUCUGGUGAUGCCCCCGGUGCCGGGAUCACCGCCCAGCAGCAGCAGCAGCAGCAGAGGCAGCAGAGGCAGCGGCAGGAGGAGGAAGAGGUCGGGACAACAGGGCGUCGGGGGGCCGAUGAUGUUGCUGGCGAGGUCGGGAUCAUGGCUAACGGAACCGGUACUAUCAUGUUAAAAUGCGUCGUGGUUGGAGACGGUGCAGUGGGGAAAACGUGUCUCCUGAUGAGCUAUGCCAACGACGCCUUUCCCGAGGAGUAUGUGCCCACAGUCUUUGAUCAUUAUGCAGUGAGUGUCAACGUCGGUGGAAAGCAGUACUUGUUGGGACUCUACGACACAGCUGGUCAGGAGGACUAUGACCGCCUGAGGCCGUUGUCCUACCCGAUGACGGAUGUCUUCCUCAUCUGCUUCUCCGUGGUCAACCCUGCCAGUUUCCAGAAUGUGCGUGAAGAAUGGGUGCCCGAGCUGCAGGAGUAUGCACCCAGUGUCCCUUACCUGCUCAUUGGCACCCAGAUCGACCUUCGCGAUGACCCCAAGACCAUUGCCAAACUGAAUGACAUGAAGGAGAAGCCCAUCGCCACCGAGCAAGGACAGAAACUAGCAAAGGAGAUUGGUGCAUGCUGCUAUGUGGAAUGUUCUGCGUUGACCCAGAAGGGCCUGAAGACGGUGUUUGACGAGGCCAUCAUCGCCAUCCUGGCUCCCAAGAGGAAGAAGGGGUCACUGAAGAGGAGGCUGGGACCCCGCUGCAUCAACUGCUGUCUGAUCACGUGAUACGCACCGUCCACCACGGAGAUCACAGAGCGACCGAUCACAAACCAAACCUGGACUCGGGGGCAGAAGACAGGCAAAGGACAAAAGAGUGGGACUAAAAAAAGAGACAAAACAAGAGCUACUUUUAUGCUGCAGUGCUCUUGGAGGGGCUAUAACUCUCUCCUGCUUGUCCAGCUCUGAGCGUGAGGAUGCAGUUUACUACCAAAGGAGCACAAAGCCCAAGUCAGUCUCUUCUUCUAAAAAGACUUUGGCCUCAAAAGUACCUUCUUUUAUAACCAUUUUUAAUCAUUUUUCUGUAAAAUGUUGGUGUAUGCUGUCACACGGUUUUCGGUUUGGAGAGAAGUACUACAUUUUAAGGAGUUCAUAUUAUUUCUACGGCUUUGGAAAAUAGAUUUUGAAUUGAUUUGUGAGUUUCCAAAAGCAGAGAGAGAACAGCUGCACUAAUGAAUAACGAGGCUGACUUAAUGUGAAACUGUGACAGUGCCCAGGAUAUAUAGCGUAUCUGGACAUAAGGGCCAGUUUUUUUAUUCAUUAUAUGCUUAAAGAAAGAAAAUACUCUCGAACUCUGUCUCUCUGUCGUAGUCAUUCGACAACCACACAAGAUGCUUCCGUUGUAUGGGUUAUAUUAAGUCGAAUGUUGUUCAGAGGACGGAUUUUGGAACUCGAAUGGUAUUAUUUUAAAGUUUGAGUGUCCGUUGUUUAUUUUUGCCUUAUGAAAUCUCCAUUGUUUUAUAUAGUGUGGCAUGCCAAAAAAACACAUGAUAUGUUAAGAUGGGCUGAGGUCUUCAUCUGGAAGUUUAUUAUUCAUUUUUUAAAAAGCCUAUAUAUAUAUAUUAUCUAGAGUUUAAGACUCUGUAUCUCUAAAAUAGAGAGAUCACGCAGUCCGUGCAAAAUAAUAUUUUGUCAGCUGAAAAUAGACUUUCCUUUGCUUUAAUUUUGUGUUAUUCUGCAAUAAUGCGUUAUCCUUUUUAUCACCUUUAGAAGGUUUAGGAAAGAGAAGAAGAGGGAUCUCAUUUUAGAUUCAUAUCAGUGCCCAAAGAAUCCAAUGCACACGCUUUCAUCCGAAUCAGAUGGACAUCAGACGACCCGAUACCUAAUGUUUAAUGCACAACAUGAAGCACAGCCAGUGUCGCUCCAUUUCCAAGCACAACAGAGCACAUUCCUCUGCUUUUAAACCACGUCCUUGUCCCAGAGAAGGCCGACUGAAGCACACAAGAUGCACACAGUUCCAUCGGUCACACAUAGGACCACGGCACAACAUCUCGACCUGCACAAGCUUAUGAAGUUUAUCUCCAAAAUCCUGUUACAAAGCUUCCUCGAUCCGCCCAAAUGUCAACAUUUUCAGAAAAGAUGCUAACCUAGGUAAUUCAGAGUGAGUUGCAGCUUGUUGCACUAGCUAUUAAUAAAAUAUCCUAGUCACAGUUAAGAUCUUUUACAGUUAAUUUAUACAAUAAAACACCCAGUAGUAGUGAUUAGGAUGCAUAAUGUACCAGUUGCAUGCCUUUUUAUUUUUUUUUAGCUAUACAACCAAAUUUUCCUCAUUUGACCUUACGUUUUAUUAAAACGCUGUUUGAAUUUGCCACGAAACAGCAACUGGAGCUAAAUAUGCAUUUAUCUAGUAGCACUCACAGUUUCAUUCCUUGACUAUAGCCACUUUAGGCUCCAAAAGUCAGGCCUCCAUUUUAAAAUAACCACCUUACGAUAACUCACCCAUUCAAACUCUAAGCUUAAAGUUAUGCUUCAUUUCGGGCGUCACCUGCUCCACCCCUUUGCCUGUUUUAGACCCAUUGAGCUUCAAAAACAACUGUACAUUGACUGAACAGGAUAGUAUAGAAUUAAUGCAUUUGAAUUUGAUUUUCAUGGGAAAUAAAAUGGGAAUACUUUAAGAUGAAUUCACCCAAAACAACUCCACAGAUGGAGAGAAUUGCACAAUUUCAUUCACAAAAAUCACUAACUGUACUUCUGUUUUACUCUACUUUGCACACGUCGCACUGAAUUGUGCGACCUGAUUCAUUAAAUCACUAAUUUAAGUUAAUUGUGAGCCUACAACACACAAACGCAGCCACUGUGAUGGAUAUAUGAAUAGCUUGUGCAACCCUGUCUGUAGAUACUCUUUCUAAAAAAUCUUAAGCCAAAUAAUGUCAUAUUAUGGAUCUGGGGAUCAGGCAUAAAGGAUUUUUUUUUUACCAAAACACAUGUACCAAGAAUAUCUUGAUCCAUGUAAUGCAGUCUCAUCGUUCAACAUUUAAAUAGCUAUUUUGUAAAGUUUAACCAGAUUUAGAGAAACGUUUAAAUGUCUAUUAACCCCCAAAACAAGUGUAUGCAACAAAGGUCAAAGCCCACAUGUCUGCAGUCGGUGCAUUAAGUAAUAACUUAAAGGUUGUGACUGAACUGUUCUUGCAAGCCAAACAUAAACAAAUAUAUAUAUAUAUAUCAGCUUAUUUUUUAUGCAUUUAUUUUUGGCUUUUUAAAAACACAUUUUUAAAGAUAUUAAUCGAAGGUGCCAACUCUUGCUUUUGGUUUUCUGUUUCCGAGUCAGACGUGAUGAUUGAUUAAAGCUUUAAUGUACA